AUGGACUACCACUUACACAUAGUCGUUUCUGUUUUUGCCGGCCUUCUCGCUCACAAUGCAAUUUUUAUCCGCGGCGAGUGGCACAUGCAUAUCCUACAAAUUCUCGUUGGAGUUUGUCUGGUGAACAUCAUCGCGCUAUACUCAUUAUACCGCGUCGUACAUGUACCGUCGUUUGGCGAGGCGCUCGGCGCCGUGUUUUGCAUGGACAUGGCAUGCUUGAUGGCCCUGUUCGGCAGCAUGACGGUCUACCGCCUUUUCUUCCACAAGCUAUCCGGCUUCCCAGGGCCGAAGCUCGCAGCCGCCACCAAGCUCUGGCAUGUCUGGAAGAUUCGCAAGUCAACAAACUAUCUGUUACUCCAGGAACUCAACGGAGAGUAUGGAGACAUAAUACGCACUGGCCCGAACGAACUUACCCUCGUUGGGCCUUCGGCUUUUAAUUUGCUUGAUGGAUGGGGUAAUACUACCACUAGAGACAUCUGGUAUGAUCUGUUACGGCCGCGAUAUUCUGCAGUGUUCUGUCGCGACAAGAAACUGCACAAGGAAGGGCGCAAGGCUUGGGUCAACUCCAUGACAGGGAAAGCGAUGAAUGCAUUCUAUCCCCGAGUCGCAGCUCUAUCCCACUCUCUCUCGAGCUGUAUCAGAUCCCACGGCACUCGGCCCGUGGAUAUCGACGACGUCAUGUCCUGGUUCUCUUUCGACGUGAUGGGGGAUGUUUUGUUCGGCGAAGAUUUCAACUUACUGGGUUCUCAGAGAAUGGACCCUGCUAUCAAACACCGUGACGGUGCUCUGGCACUUGUUGGGCCCAUUUCAGACGCGAUUUGGCUUGCACAUCUGGCAUUCCUUCUGGUCCCUUUUUAUAGUCCGGUCCAGGACUGGCUCGGAAUGGUCAAGUUCUGCGAGGACCGACUCACGGCUAGAAUCCAGAGAGGCGAGAAUGAGAAGAAGCCGGACAUGGCUCAGUAUUUCCUCGACGAGCACCAGAGUCUCGAAGGCUCUAUGAGUCUGAGAGAUCGAGAUCUUUACCUUGCAGGUACCGCAAUCACCGCAGUGGUCGCAGGCAGUGAUACGACCAGAGCUGCUUUGAUAGCAACCUGUUGGUUCUUGGCGAGGUACCCCGAGCACGCGAAUAAGAUACGGGCCGAGACUCGAGAUGUGGACGGGGACGAUUUCGCAGCGCUCGCCAGUCUGCCUCAUCUUAACGCAUUCAUCAACGAAAUCCUCCGCCUGAUGCCGCCUGCCGGCAUGACGGGGACGGCCAGGAUCACCGGGCCGCAAGGGAUGCAAUUCGAGAACACCUACAUACCCCCAUUCACCAAAGUCACGGCGCCAAGGUAUGGCAUAAUGAGACUUGAGUCUGCGUUCCCGCGCCCAAACGAGUUCAUACCCGAGCGGUGGUACUCGCUACCGGAGCUCGUCCUCGACAGGCGCGCCUUCACGCCGUUCUCAGUCGGCCCCCGCCAGUGCACCGGCAAGACCCUGGCGUAUGCCGAGCUUCGCCACGUGGCGACGCUUCUGCUCCGGCACUAUGACAUUGAGUUUGCGGAUGGUUAUGACCCCGAGACCAUGUGGCGGGACAUGAAGGACCAGGUCACGGCCCAGCCAGGCAAAGUCAUGUGUGUGUUCAAGCCCCGGGAGGAGUAG